AUGUCGCUAUGGCGUCCGACUGCCGCUUCUGCAGCAUCGGGAAGCUUCCUUGGAGUCGCGCCGACUGCAGAGGGUCGCCGGUCUGCCCCACCUCCAUCGGGUCUGGAUGCCAUUCCAGGAGAUGGCCGACAAGGGGGUCUAGAUGCCCCCAUAUCGCCGAUGUCGCCGGCAGCGGUUUCGCCUCGGCAGCCGUUCAUCAUGCCCAACAUGGACCCCUUGGUUAGGCAACAAGGUCUUGCUUUCCAGCAGUCAGAGCUUCUUCGGGAGCAGUUCAUGAAGUUCGCAGAGGCUUUGCAGAAGCUGCACGCGGGUCUGGAGGAGAUGCGCGAGGACAUCCAAGCAGACCGGCAGCAGCGGCUCCACGAAAAGGAUUCCGUUGCAGCUGCUCUUGCAUCUAUUCGCAACGAGGUCCACGAGCACUUGGAAGAGCGGCUGUCGAUUCUGCACGAAGAGGUGACGAUGCGCAGUCGCAGCACAGAUGGUGAGCUCCAGCGGCUGAGCAGUUGCCUAGACAGCAUUGCGCAGCAGAUCGGGGCGCAGCUCAUGGCUGUGACAGAGGAUCAGCGCGCGCUGUCUGAAAACGUCCAUACCAGAAUGACUGAGUUUCAGAACUCCUUCAGUGACAGCGCUGCGAGCCGGGCCAUGCUCGAUGACUUGGGGGCCCAGGUGGAGGCCAAAAUCCAGGGUGCUCUGCAGACUGGUGCCGCGGCACUGCACGAGCGAGAGGAGGUGCUCGUUGAGAAGAUUGCCAACGUGCAGACCGAGGCUGCCUGCGAAGCGGAGCAGUGGAAGCAGCGAUUCCACACUGUGGAGACUGCUUCGCAGCAGCUUUGCACAGAGAUGGCAGCCGAGCACCAGCAAACUCGCAUCUCUGCCAUCGGCCUCGCCACAGAGUUGUCGGAGCUCCGGGAUGCCCUCGCGAAGGAGUCGCAGUCCUACCAAGAGUCGACCACAUCGGUGCAGCGAUGGGUCACCGAGACCAUGGCUCUACGCCAGUCCCUGGAGGAGGAGGAAUUGGCCCAUGCGGCUUUGAAUGGCAAAGUGGCUGAGCAUGCCGUGGAGUUGCAGCGGCAGGCGGCGAUGUCGAAGGGCUUUGCCAAUGCACACGCCGAGUUCAAAACCGGCAAAGAGGAGCUUUGGCAAGUCGUCACAUCCGCGCAAGAGAACAACGAGCAGACAAUGAAGGACAUCCAGGAGCUACGGCUUCGCACUCAGCACAUGGAGGUGCAAAGGUUUGGGCAGGUGUCGAGGCAGAUAGAGGAGUUGACUGUGCAGCAUUCUGCUGCCUCCUCGAAGAUCGAGGAGAUCGAACAGUCCCACAACCACGGCCAGAAAGCAUUUGCCUCCAAGCUGGACAGCCAUGGCCAAAGCCUGCUGCAGGCACAGCAGGAAAUCAAGCACCUGGCGGAGCAAAGUGCCCAACACGACUUCAUCGAGAGCCGUGACCAGCAGUAUCGGCUUUAUGUCACGAUGGACGGGGACAUCGGCAUUUUCCGGCGAAGCGGCUGGGGCAAGCACGGAGGAGGCGACUUUGCCGCGGUGCCCAGGUGGCAUGCCGGAGCCACUGGGGACAAGGCACUCUGCUCCGUCAACAGAGAGACGCAGGCUUACGAGAAGGACCGCUUUCUCGCCAUGGCGAAUCGCUUUGACAGACGGGUGGAUGUCGGGAGUGGGACCGGUCAAAAUGGCUGGUCUCCACAGCCGAAGCGCUUCUCCAAAGCUGGGCAUGAAAUGCCCACAGAUUUUAUCGUGGCCGAAAGCGACGAAGUGUACUUGGAUGAGGCUGGGUCAAAGCCGCAAGUCAGAGGAACGCGAAGUGCAUGCCACGGGCCGCAACGGUUCUGCCGCGCAGUUGGGAGGAGAUCGAGGGUUCAUUAA